AUGAGCUCCCACAACUCACACAACCCUGCUGCUAGGGUGCACUUGUUCAAGAACAAGGGCAAGGAUCAAACUACCCUGCGGAGGCAGAGGGUGGAGGUGAGUGUUGAGCUGAGAAAGGCCAAGAAGGAUGAGCAGAUCCUGAAGCGCAGAAACAUUUCCAUUAAUUUGGAGAAGGAGAAUCCCUCUCUAGAACAAGACAGAGCAGCUGAGGUGAUUGUUCAGCCAUCCUUGGAGGAGAUCGUGGAAGCUGUAAAUGGGGAAGACACCCAGCUGCAGCUGCUUGCCACCCAGGCCACCAGGAGACUUCUGUCCAGGCACAAGGACCCCCCCAUCAAUCAGAUCAUCGAGCUGGGGAUCAUCCCCAGGCUGGUGGAAUUCCUGGGCCAUGCUGACAAUGCUGCCCUACAGUUUGAGGCAGCCUGGGCACUGACCAACAUUGCCUCUGGCACCUCAGAGCACACCAGGGCUGUGGUGGAGGGAGGGGCCAUCCCAGCCUUCAUCUCCCUGCUCUCCUCUCCACACAUGUACAUCAGCGAGCAGGCAGUGUGGGCCCUGGGCAACAUUGCAGGGGAUGGCCCUAUCUACAGGGAUGCUCUUAUUGCUCAUGAUGUGAUUCCUCCCUUGCUGGCUCUGGUGUCACCUGCAACUCCAGUAAAUAACCUUAAUUUUCUUGAUUUAACAGCUCUUAAUGUUGGGUUCCUGAGGAACAUCACCUGGACACUGUCAAACCUGUGCAGGAACAAGAACCCCUGCCCUCCCUUGGAUGCUGUGCAGAAGAUUCUGCCAGUCCUUGUCAUCCUCCUGCAGCAUGAGGACAAGGAUGUCAUCUCUGACUCCUGCUGGGCUGUCUCCUACCUGACUGAUGGCUGCAAUGAUCGCAUCCAAAUUGUGGUGGAGACAGGGAUUCUCCCAAGGCUCGUGGAACUCAUGGACAGCCCAUAUUUGACUGUUAUGACUCCAGCUCUCCGUGCCAUUGGGAAUGUGGUCACAGGCACAGACCAGCAGACCCAGGAAGCCAUCAGUGCUGGUGCCCUGACUGUCCUGCCCCGGCUGCUGAGGCACACCAAGUCAGUGAUCCAGAAGGAAGCAGCAUGGACCCUCAGCAACAUUGCAGCAGGGCCUUCCCAUCAGAUCCAACAGAUCAUCAACUGUGGGUUAUUGCCACCUUUGGUGGAACUGCUCGACAAGGGUGAUUUCAAGGCUCAGAAGGAGGCUGUGUGGGUAGUGGCCAACUUCACAACUGGAGCAACAGUGGAUCAGGUGGUGGAGCUCGUCCGUUCCGGGGUCCUCAAACCUCUGCUCAACCUGCUUUUGGUCAAAGACAGCAAAACCAUCCUGAUCAUCCUGGACACCCUUUCAAAUCUCUUCCUGACAGCUGAGAAGUUGGGAGAAACAGAGAAGUUGUGUCUGCUGGUGGAAGAACUUGAUGGUCUGGAGAAAAUUGAGCACUUGCAAAACCAUGAGAAUUCCAUGGUCUACAGAGCUGCCCUGGACAUUAUAGAGAAAUACUUUUCUGGUGAGGAGAGCAUAAACCUGGAGCCCCAGACUGGCCAAGAUGGGCUGUAUGAUUUCUCAGUGGAGAAACAAGACUUCAACUUCUGAAGAUGAAGCAUGACACAGCUCUAAACUGGUGGGUGGAGGUACUUUGGAAGAGCUCAGACAUCCAAAUUGUCAGGAGUAGAGAUGUUGAGCCUUUUUACUUCUGAAACUUGUCAAUAAAUUGCACUUUUUGGCU